UGCGCCUCCACAUGGACAAUACCCAACGCCGCCUUUAGCCUCAAGAAGCCUAUGAGAACGCCUUCCGGCCGUCACAUUGCCAUUUAGGAAGCACAUCUCCCGGAGAGUACCGUAGACCUUUCAAUGAAAUUGCGAAGGCGUUGAGGCCAAGAAAUCCUUCUAAUCUAAUGUUUUCUGAGUUUUUCGAGGCAUUGAGCAAUGGACGCGGCUGCAGUGUGGCCAGCGACAUCGAGGCACGGCGCGAACCACUUCUUUGAAAAUGUAUUAGGAAACAGGGAAAUUUAUGAAGAAAACGCGAAAUUUAUGUUCACCAAUGAUGGCCUCAUUGAACUUGAAGUAUGCGACUUAGAUGGAUCAGGUAUACUUGAUGUUCUCCGAACUAGUGGGAUCAACUUCCUGACAACACUGAGCAGGAUGCAAGGCCAAGAAGCUUUGCAACCAAAAGGAACUGCAAAUGUACUUGUAUGUAAUGUUGGAACUUAUGGUGCGAUGAGUUUGGGCGUUAGUUUCAAAACUAACCAAUUUCCAAGGGAUGGAAUAGAGAACAUUGGGCUUAGAAGUAAUUAUCCUUUGAAGUCUAUGGCUAGGACAUUCUUCGUUCGCCAAAAGCAUUCUAGGGCAGAGAUGAAGCUGUCAAAAGAAUCCAUGUCUUCAAUCCUCGCCCAGCUUCAAGCGUUUCCAUCCUUUGUGAACAUCCUUUCCUCGUUUAGACUUCAAACUCGAGAAUCCACAACGGCUAUAAUAGGCUCUGGUGCUUUCUAUGGUCUUACCAACGCCGAUAACGCGGCAUACGAAACAGCGUACCUGCUAAAAUAUGUCGAGCACAACGGAAGAAUUGGAGAUUGCUGGUCGAUUAGACAAAUGGCUUUCUAUCAGCACUUUGACACGCGCAACAACGUAUCACAGAGUCUCCUCAUUCAGACCUCCGACCAAGUUCAAAAGCGAAUCUUCCAGCUUGUUCAGGAUGGGCACAUGGUCGAUUUUCCAAACCAUUGGACAUCAUUUCAUGAAGUUUAUCUAGGAACUUUGAGCCAUAAUUGGGGAGAAUACAUUGAGUGGGUUGACACUCAACUCUCGAAAGUAGAUUUCGACUACUUCUUUACCAAAGUAGAUGCUGCGAGUCCAACUAGAAUACACUUCCACAAUUUACAACUUCUAAACAAAGGAAUUGAUAUUGCAACCAAGAUGUCGCAUGCUCUACAAUCGAAUAUCGACAUUCUCAAUUUACUUUUCGAAGAAGCGAUUCGCAGGUCCACAAUCGAAGGAGAAAGUUCGGCGAAGCGGUACCAACAGUUCCAAGAAGCUGUCCGAGUGUGCAUCACAGAGCAAACAUUUUUCAAGAAGCAUGUUGAUCUUCUUCAUACUUUUGCUGAUCGGCGUAGUCUUCAGCUGAGAGAUGCAAUUGCACUUCAAGACAGCAACAUCAUGAUGGGGAUGAACCAAGUUACAACCCAAGAGACAAGAACCAUGCGGACCAUCACCUUGAUUGCCAUGAUAUAUCUACCUGCUUCUUUCACAGCAACCUUUAUGGGGACGGGUUUCGUACAUGUGGAGAGUCUUGCUGGAGUCAUGCGUGUUAGUGUGAGCAAGGAUAUAUACUUCUAUCUUGCUAUAACCAUUCCAUUAAUGGCGGUCACGUUCUUAGUAUGGGGGUUUUGGGAAUGUAAAAUGAGAAGGAAGACCAGAAAUGGCUAUAUUGGGCAUGAAGAUGUGGAAAAGUUGAAAAUCAAGUAGCCGAGUGGCUCAUAGCAAUAUGAUUCUUCGUAAGAUUGCUCUCCCGGAAUAGUAUUGAGGUCUUGAGCCGCC